AUGCACCUGAUAUGGAAGCCUGAGGCCCGUCUGAAAGAGCUAAGCUUUGGUAGUUUUAUCUUGGGGCACAUUGGCUACAUUAAUGAUUUGCUGAUAAUUUCGAAAGCUGUGCAGGUUCUCGAUUCUGCGAAAAAGGAUAUCGAAGAGGCCACCCGCAAGACAAUUGAUGCCAACGCCGAAGAAGUUGCCGAAGGGAUCAAUACGGAGGAAGGUGGGCUGGAGAUGCUGAUGAAAAACGCUGAUAGAGGUGCGAACGAGGCGAGGUCGCUGAAGACACCGCUGGAUUCGCCUCUAGUUGCACCACCACACCUCUCGGCGCGUAAGAGUCUGCCGGAGGCGGUCCUGCAUGCUUUCGUGAGGUGGUGUGAGCUCGCCUGA